UGUGUUGACUGUGAUAUUUAUGCUUCCUAAUUCUUGUGAGAAAUCAUAAACACGAUCACCGUCAUCACAUUAAUGAGUAUCAUUAGUGACGCCAAAUGGCAUACAGUAAUGACAUUGUUCAAGGUGAUUUGAGCAAAGUGGUUAUUUCCGGAGGGUGCAUCAAAUUGGUCGUCCUUCGCAUCAUUCACGACCCAAGAAGUAGCUCUCAGUUUCAAAACGGUUGGUUGGUUACCCGUGCACUAGAGGGAAUCUACGUACUGUUGGUGCAAUGCGCAACACACUUUGAGAACCACUACCACUGCAUAUUGUGCUGUAAUACAUUUUGAACUUCUAUGCAAAAAUUCUACCACCCAAGUUGGUAAUGCACUUUUUCUGUACUCCCCCCUAACACACGCACACACACACACACACACACACACACACACACACACACACACACACACACAUCUAUGGUGAGUUACAAUCAUUCACUUUCAUUUUAAACAGAGCGCAAUGGUGAGGAGCACCGAGGCAGUUGCACGUUAACUUCAAAGCAAAAUUUGCAGUCAGCACAAAAGAAGUUGAAGGUGGCUACAUUUUAGAAACCAUUCAAUUCGUAUUCAUUCAAAAAAAAAACACCUAUUACUCCAAAGGGAUUUUUUUGUUCAUGGUGAUAGGUUUUGCCAGCUGUCUGUCCGAUUUUUAUUGUCACCAGAUUUCCAGUGAACCACCGAGACGCACCUGAGACAAUUGACGGGGCAGCGCGCGCGCCUCCCUCCCGGUUGAUGCCGACGGUCAUGACCAUGAACGGUGACGGCCGCUCGCUCGCCGCCGCGCCGCUGGACCUGAGCACCGGUCAGCGGGGGAACACGUCGUCCGCAGCGGAACCAGAAUGCGGAACUUGCCGGAAGGAGACCGUCCGCUCACCUGCGCCGACGCCUCCGCACACUUGCGGCACGUUCGCUGCGGCGCCCGGCUGCCUUCGCAAAAAGCCGGCCGACAAAGCUUCCCUCCGGCUUCCUUUUCGGAAACGACCGAUCACCGUGGAGCCGGAGGAGCGAGCGUCAGGAGAAGCGGGGCCGGCGAGGUGUCUUUCCCGGACUGGAGAGGCUGCUGAUCCGCCGCCGCGAACGAGGACAGCCGAGGGUCGGCUGGCUGUUGCUCGGGUAACCCGGACGCACAGUGACGAGGCUCCGCGCACUUUUGAAGUUCGUCCCGUCCACGCCGUGCCCCCGUUGACUUAUGGUCACUACUCGAUGUACGUCUACCCAGAGUUGGGCCAUCUCGGCUUCCACCACACACAGUACCUGCUGACGAGCGUCGCGCUGGCCACUCGGCAAGAUGAAGACGGAGACACAGCUCUGCACAUAGCGGUGGUGAAAGGAGAGCUGGCCAUCGUGCGGCAACUCGUGCAUCUGCUGCAGCGCGCUGGCAAAAGCCUCGACAUCUACAACAACCUCCGACAGACUCCCCUUCACCUGGCAGUGAUCACUCAGCAAGCCAACAUGGUGGAGGCGCUGCUGAGGGCCGGCUCGGACCCCUCGGCGUUGGACCGCAACGGCCAGACGGCGUUGCACCUCUGCUGCGAAUACGACCAUCCCGCGUGUCUCUCCGUGGUGCUCUCGCUGCCCUCGUCCGCCGCCUGCCUGGAGAUGAAAAACUUUCAGGGUUUGAGCCCCCUCCACGUGACCGUACUACACGGACACCGAGACUUAGCCGCCAUGCUGCUGGCAGCAGGCGCUGACGUCAACACCAUGGACAUCAAGAGUGGCCAGAGUCCCCUCAUUCUCGCGGUGGAGAGCAACAAUGCGGAGAUGGUCCGCUUCCUCAUUGAGAGCGGCUGUGAUGUGAACAGGCCGUCAUACAGCAGCAACACAGCCCUGCACAGCGCCUGCGCGCGGGGCCAGGCGGACGUUGUGCGGGCGCUGCUGAAGAGCGGCGCCGACAGCAGCCUCAAGAACUACCACAACGACACGCCUGUCAUGCUGGCCAAGAACAAAAAGAUAGCAGACAUCUUACGAGGUAGGGGCUCAAAACCCAUACGAAUUCCAGAUCAACGCGACGACAUGUCAGCAUCGCCGCACGGCAGCAACUUGAUGAGUAUCGGUUCCCCAUCUCCAAGCCACAGUGGAGAGUGUUCUCCCUCGAUGGCACCACCCAUCCUACCCUCCGCCGCCCCCCACUCACCAAGGACUGCGCCAAUGCUGGCCUUUCCAUUUUACUAGCACACAGUCCUCGUGCAUCGAAACUGGUAAUUACGCUAUCCCUUGGAGCGUCAAACCACCAGGCAAAAUGACCAAACUUGGAUUCAGGGAUGUAGUCAACAAAAAAGGGCAGCUCCUUUGCACACAGAAUUUAUCGAGUGGAAAAAAAAACAACUACAGUGAACAGCCGGUCCUCAGUUUCAGACGGAGUCGGUUCUUACGCUAACGUACAGGUUAAGUUAUCAUGAAAGUGCCACGUGACCGCCUACAACAGAACU